GACGAGCUGAGCUGAGAGCUAUCAGUGCGGGGAGGUCGCCGCGACGCUAGAGACGCCGACCCUACCGACGUUCCGUACCUCGGCCACCCGAACUCGUAGACGAUUUUCGUGAUUCUUCACCGCCAAAUUUGAGUGACAAAAAAAAAAAAAAAAUAAUUAUUUAAAAAUAUAUAUUUUUUUCUCGUUUUUUAAACUAUUCCGUAACGUGCAGAUGUUUUUAAAAUACAUGAAUUACUUUGUACCUGUGUCGAAAAUUAAGUGAUAAUUUGAAGUUUCCAUUCAUGAAGUCUUCGCAUAAUUAUUUCUAACCGGGUCGGAUUGCAAGCAUCGUAUAAAGAACGGAGCCUCGCUUAUAAUUCGGUUGCUUCAACAUCGAUAUUACAAAUAAGAGCAGUGAGAAGUAAGAGUAGUAAGUUUGGGAGGAAUCGAUGGCCAUCAGUGCCCAUGGGCGGCCUCGCGUUUAGAACAAGGAACAGCCCCUCCCAGAAGACCUCGCUCAGGUGGGGCGACUGCUGCCCUACGAACCCGAAUCCUCCGUCGACGGCAACAUCUUCUUCUUCGUCGGCAUCGGUAAUCCCUAGGAGCCGUCAUCUGGCCAUGCCGCCUGUCCCCGUGUGAGGCUGCCCUCCGCUGCUGCGCGACUGUACACCCAGAGGUGCUCAGAGGUUUCCGAACGUUCCCAAAUUAGAGAACACUCCGAACCUCUUGGACUUACAUCUUCAUCAACUCGACUUGACGCCCGUUGAUCUAUCGUCACCAAACAACAUGAUCAAUAUAGCAGGAGUUAUUUCCAUCGUUUUAUUUUACCUUUUGAUUUUGGGAGUGGGAAUAUGGGCGGCCAGGAAAAAAGAGGCUGGGAACGAUUCCGAGGAAGAAGUGAUGCUGGCCGGAAGGUCCAUCGGUCUCUUCGUCGGAAUAUUUACUAUGACGGCCACGUGGGUCGGCGGAGGCUACAUCAACGGGACAGCUGAGGCUAUCUACACCAAAGGACUGGUGUGGUGCCAGGCACCAUUCGGAUACGCCCUGAGUCUCGUCUUCGGCGGUAUAUUUUUCGCCAACAAGAUGCGACAGCAGGGCUACAUCACCAUGUUGGAUCCUCUGCAGGACGCCUUCGGCGAGAGAAUGGGCGGUUUGCUCUUUUUACCAGCGCUGUGCGGAGAGGUAUUUUGGGCUGCGGGGAUCCUUGCUGCUCUGGGAGCAACCCUGGCGGUUAUCAUCGACAUGGAUCAAGGAACGUCCGUUAUUUUGAGCGCUUGUAUCGCCGUAUUUUACACACUUUUUGGCGGACUCUACUCUGUCGCCUACACGGAUGUCAUCCAGUUAUUCUGCAUUUUCAUCGGUCUGUGGAUGUGCAUCCCUUUCGCGUGGAUGAAUCCAAAAGUGGAGUCACUGAGUUCCAUGGACGUCGAUUGGAUCGGUGAAGUGAAACCGUCGGAGUAUUGGUAUUAUUUGGACUACGGGCUGUUGCUCGUGUUCGGAGGGAUACCUUGGCAGGUGUAUUUUCAACGAGUUCUGUCAUCGAAGACAGCCGGAAGGGCUCAAAUACUGAGCUACGUAGCCGCCGCGGGUUGUCUACUCAUGGCCAUUCCUCCAGUGUUGAUCGGAGCCAUAGCGAAAGCGACACCGUGGAACGAGACGGGGUACACGGGUCCCUAUCCCCUUACGGAAACGGAGACGAGCAUGAUUCUGCCGAUGGUUCUUCAGUACCUGACGCCAGAUUUCGUGUCGUUCUUCGGGCUGGGAGCGGUGUCAGCUGCCGUGAUGUCAUCGGCGGACAGUAGCAUAUUGUCGGCGAGUUCGAUGUUCGCGAGAAACGUGUACAAGCUGAUAUUUCGACAAAGGGCUUCGGAGAUGGAGAUAAUCUGGGUAAUGAGGACGGGUAUCGGAGUUGUCGGAAUCCUUAGCACGGUGAUGGCGUUGACGAUACCCUCGAUAUACGGACUUUGGUCGAUGUGUUCCGACCUGGUAUACGUCAUCCUGUUCCCCCAACUCCUGAUGGUGGUACAUUUUAAGCCGUACUGCAACACUUACGGGAGUUUGUCGGCUUAUAUAAUAGCGUUCCUGGUCAGAGUCAGCGGCGGAGAACCUCUGAUGGGUUUACCAGCAUUGAUUCAUUACCCGGGUUACGACGCGGAGACCGACACUCAGCUGUUUCCGUUCAGGACAAUGGCCAUGUUGAUGUCAUUGGUGACUCUGGUAGGAGUUUCUUACGGUACCCAGGUAGCGUUUAUGACCGGUAAACUGGCGCCGGGUUACGAUAUCUUCCGUUGCGUCGUUAACAUCCCCGAAGACGUGGAACGCGUGGGUCCAGAUCCAGCGGAAGGUGAACAAAUGGCUGUGCUGGCCGGCGGGUCGGCCAGACUUUACGGCAGCAAAGAUGAAUCCAACGGCAGAGUGAAUCAAGCGCUCGAGCCGGACGACGAUAUGGAACCAGGGUGUGGCGUGGGCGGAGGUGGCGGUUGUAACGUAUUGGGCCAAUUGGGACCUCUCGUUGAGCGUCAGCCGCAAUCCAGCACCGCGUUCUAACUCUAGAUUCCAUGAUCGGAUGCUGUGACCAACAAUAACUCUGGUGGUGCGGUGUUUCUUCGUUUCUUUUCGUUUAGCUAUUUUUUUCAUCAUCGUCGUUAUCGUUUUUAGUUAUCGUAUAUGGGGUGGGAAAGUGCGUGCCAUCAACAUGCUCUUCGCGAACAUGAACGCAGAUUAUUUGUAGGAUACAUCAUUUUCGGUGCUCAUGAUAAACUCGUAUAAUUACCGCGGAAUUGCGUCCGACCGCGUAUCCUUGGCGUUGGUGUCCCGAUGGCCUUGACCUACAAAGAUAAACCAUGAUGUAACGAUGACCUUGAGCUUUAUGUUUCGUGACGACACCGGUCGUAGUUAGAGUCGCGUUAAGAUCGAACCGAUAUAAGCGUACACCAUGUACCGAACCCACGUUUUUCAGGAUACGGAAAUUUAUGUCAGCCACAUUUUCGACGGCUCAUCGCCGAUCGAUCCUCCGAAGGUCAUCGAUUGCGGUCGGUAACAAUUCUCGCAUAAAAACAUUUAAGCAAUAAUUUCGGGUUUGAUAAAAUAACUACUAUAUAUGUAUAUAUAGAUAUACAUACGUACUCGUUAUACUGCAUUUAGCCGUAUGCACAGUGGGUUUGUUAUUGUUUUAGAAAUAAAAAGGGAAAUUGGAGGCCACCGCAUCGCCAAUUAGGCCUAGUCAUUUUGUCUUAAAAAAUAUAUUUAGAACCAAAUGAAAUGAAUAUAAAUAAAUGAAUAAAUAAAUGAAAAUAAUUAUAUAAAAUUAUAUUGAAAUCGGCUGUACUACAGGGUCUUUUAGUUUAUAUACGUAUAGGUAAAUAUUAUGAAUAAUAACGCUAGUAAUAACAAUAACAAUAACAAUAAUAACAAUAAUAAUAACGACAAAAAUUAAAGUAAUAUAAUAAUCGGGCUUGGUUCGCGUUGCGAUAAAUUAAAAUGAUAAAAAAUAUGUUAUUAGUGAUCAAUGUAAACGUUUGAAAGUAUUCGAAAUAAUCCCGCCGUUAGAUAUACAUAAAUAUACUAUAAAUAAUAUAUAAAUAUACGAGUAGGUGAUUCGGUGGGCGAUGAUUUAGGGUAGAAAAAUAUGACGUGGUAGAGAACAAUUCACGUUAGACGACUGAACGGUAUUCAACGCGUUCCGUGACGCAUGUAUAUUAUACGUAUAUGUAAAAUCGAAUAAUUUCCAGUUAAUUGCAUACGGUAUCUUGUGUCUUUUGCGGCGUUCUUUUUACGCUGUUGAUAAUCUGGCAAUGCGUCAUAAUAUCGCGUAUCCAUAAUUAUUUCAAGUGACACGGUAUGAAAUACUGUAACGUAGAUGAACGCAACAACGUUAAACUGGAUUCUCAUAUUGAAGUUAUUCUAAUUAAUGUAGACGAAGCUUUUCUACCUAAUCGAUUCAUAUAAUUAGCCAAUUUCGCUGUCAGGGGAUUGAAGAUGUCUUGAAAAUACCAUAAUUAUUAUCUACGCGUGUCACUUCAAUUCGGCGUAUGAUUUUAUUCGGAAACGGGAGUAUUUCUAUUGAAUCGAGUAAGCAUUGAGUUAUGGUUUUUAGCAAUUGUUCAGUAAAAAGUGAAAGCAUUAUACAUCUGGACCCUGUAGGUCAGUCGUUCGGUUAUGUUUAUUAUAUAGUAUAUUGCCAUAUCAUUUAAAUGAAAUAAAGUAGCCAGUAAGGGGGCUAUUACCUAUACAUAUCCAUGAAAAGACUAUUAUAUAUAUAUAUACAUGUAUUAUCAACCGUACAUAUCAGUGCAUAUCGAAAAUAGUUGGUAUACAAAAAUAGGUGGAAAUAUACCUAUAAACACAUAUACGAAUAAAUGAGUAAAUGAAUAAUUAAAUAAAUAAAUUAAUACAUAUGAAAGUUUCUAUGAAAUAUGAAUGACAAUUUAAUUUUCGUAUUUUAUUGUUACAAAUGCUAUUUUUUAAUAACUAUUCAAUUCCAAGACACGGAAGUUUGGGCCGUGCAAGUGCAAUAGCAUUCGUAUGCGGUAUAAAAUAAAUAUAUAUGUAUGCUAGAAGUUACGAGAAAAAAAAAAAUAUUUUUGUUUUCUAGAUAACAAUGAGAAGAAAAAAUCGUAAGGCACAUUUACUCUAGGUUUACAUAAUCGUCGCUGUAUUUUACACCACUGACGGAAAUAACUAUAAAAUUAAAUGAAAAAAAAAAAGCAUUUUUAGAGCGUUGUUUUCAGUGAUAGAUACGCUGUAAUAAAUAAAAAGACAUAUGCUAUAUUAUGUGUGUGUAUUUCAUCAUUUUUAAUUGUGAAGAAGACAUAAGAAAGAGGAAAACAAUAUAUAACAAUAUAAUAACAAAACUAAAAUAUCUAACAAUAAAUUUGUGCAUCAUGCGAAAAGCCGAGCGCACAUAAUAUUUAUAAAUGUCACCUACAUAUCAAUUACAUCAAAUCAAUGUAGUAAAACGUAUACGUAUCACAAACUAUGCAUUUACUAUAUCGCUGUCAUAUCAAUAUACAUAUAAUACGUAUGAAAAAACAGAAGAAAGAAUAAAUGAAAAGGUUGAUUCGCAUACGCAAAAUCAGGUUCUCCGUGAGUAAUUUGUGAAUAUUGAAUUAAAUGACGGUGAAAAUUAGAAGAAAAAAAACUGUAGUAAUUAAAUGUAGUAUACUAUACAUACCUAUUAUCCUGUAUAUUGCCCGCGUCCGUGUGUCGAUCCAUGUGUCACGGGAAUCAAUUAAAGCCGUAGACUAUAAAACUUAUAAACUGGCUUAAAAAAAUU